GCAGCCGUCUCCCGUCUUCGCGCGACGCCCCUUGUUUGCUUGCUAGACUGACACGGCCCUUCGGAGUACAGAGUACAGAGUACUCGUACAGAGACAGUCCUCGACUAUUGUUCUUUAGGCUUUUUGGAGCGACAGGGCUUCGACACGGCCUGUCCUGCUCCAGCUAGGCAGUCUAGACCAAGCUCCGGAGCCGAGUGGAGAAUACACCUCCCACUCAGCUGCCAAGCACACACAUCUUGAUCGGCUCGCUCGCUCAGCCCAGCCUCGCGACGGCGAUUGCUAUCGAGACCUGAGCCCCCGGCGCCUAGACGCACACCACACACCUACACACACAAGUACCACAGGUGCAUCCACCUGGUUGCCGAGGCCAGGGGGAUCAACGCCGCUGGGAGUGGACAAGCUCCGGUCUAUUCGGCGGACGCGGAGGAUGGUUGGCCGGCCCGUUGUUGGCAGUUCCCCGAAUACCACCACACGCUCCAUAUGGAUCUCGGAUCCGUAAGACGGGGCGGGAUUAGCCCCGGAGCAGGAGAUUCUGUAGAGAGCGGCAGCCCUACCGAAGGCAUCAAGCAUGAAGCUGAAGCCACUGCACCCUCCCUGACGUCGGCGACGGCGAUGCCCAAUGGCGCAGGGGCAGGCGCAUCUGGUGCCGCGGACGCCAUGGAGACCACGGAAGCAGAAGAGGUGGAAAAUGUGACCAAGAAGAGGAAAACGGGUUCAGGAAGUAGAGGUGUUGCAAACUUGACGCCGGAGCAGCUGGCCAAGAAAAGAGCAAACGACCGCGAAGCGCAACGUGCCAUCCGAGAAAGGACUAAGAACCAGAUUGAGAGGCUCGAGCGCCGCAUCCAUGAGCUUGAAGCUCAAAAACCGUAUCAGGACCUCCAGGCCGUGGUACGGGCCAAGGAGGUGAUAGAAGCAGAAAAUGCUGAGAUCAAGAGACGGCUGGCUAGCAUUAUCGGCAUGCUGCAGCCUUUGGUUGGGUCAAAUAUGCCUGGCAUCAGCCCUGCCCUCCCAUACGCCGCAACACCUAUUCCCAUGACAACAACAAGCAACAUCGCCUAUCAUCCUGCAGCAUCUGCUACUUCUUCAUCACCAGCAGCAGGAAUGGUUGACCCCAUUCGCCAAGCCGCUCAACCGCCCCUGCAGAGCUGGCAAAGCGGCGGUAGUAGUACACCGCCAGCACCGCGACAGCCUAGCCUAACCGACGCCGUCGAUGAAGGCACUCAGGCCCUAUUAGAGCGGCAAGGACAGACGCUUCGGCACGGCUUGGACUUUGAGCAGGGCCGCUUUGACCUAAACGUCGUACUCGACCCUGCCCAAGCUAUACCAAAGCUACAGAGGGGCGUUAAUGGUGCACAAGACACGGUUGAAUACCACCACGUCCCCAUGAAACAUGACUGGACACAAGUGAAUCCGACUUACGCACCACAGGCCCGGCCUGUGCCUGCGUGGGAGUCACCUAUUUCCAUACUAUCAGCUACCUCAGACACAACUCCGGCAAUAGCAUCAGCCCUGGGCAUCACUCGGCAGAGUUCUGUCACAAGCCAGCCAGGGCCUGCCUCCGGGCCAACCUCUGAUCCCAGCCCCCCCAUGGUUCCAGCAGUUCCCUAUCCCACCGCACAGACUGCUGUCCCAGAAGCUCUCCCUCAAUUCUCGCGUCCCCUGCGCAACUGCAGUCCUACAUGUCCGCUUGACGCUCUACUUCUCGACUUUCUUAGCGAGCGGCAGCAGCGUGCUGCUGAGGGCUACGAGCCGAGUGAGGUGUCUGGCCCUCGGUAUCCAUCCGUUUCUUCUCUGCUCAAUCCAGCAAAUAGCAAAUUCAGCCACCCAGUGUCUAGAGUUUUCACAGACAUCAUUACCAAGUUUCCCGAGGUGUCCGGCCUUCCCGAAAAGGUGGCCAUUCUGUACCUCAUGUUUCUUUUCAUGCGAUGGCAGAUAUAUCCAACGAAGGAAAACUUGGAACGUUUGCCGCCGUGGAUCCAUCCAUUGCCAUGUCAGUACGAAAUACCGCAUGCCGCGUGGAUGGAUUUCUUACCAUACCCGGCGAUGAGGGAAAGAGUCAUUAGAGCCGAAAAUCCCGACCUCUUCUACUUUGACAACUUCUUUCUUCCGUUUACAUCCACCUUCUCCGUCUCCUGGCCUUAUGAGGAGGCACAUACGUUACUACGAAACCCCGACUCUGAUGAGAUUAUGAUUAACCCCGUGUUUGAGAGCCACAUGCGAAAUUUGGAUAAUUGGAAAUUGGGGAGGCUGUUUGCCGAAUCUUUUCCCAUGUUGGCUGAUACGUGUCAGUAUUGGCCCGAUGCAAAUGGACAAGAAAAUGCUAAAUAAAUGAUGCUUUCUAGUGAAUAAAAAGAGGUGGGAAUGAGCACAAAGAAAGAAAAGAGGAGGACGCUCCUGGAGGGCUUGCUAACCCCUGAAUCACCCGCAACAGCAUUACUCCGGUGUUGGAGGACAACUCGUUUGGUUUUGGUAACACUUAAAGUGCAUUCAUUCCACGAAAUGCACAUAUUAUGACAUGUAUGCGUUAUAGCAUGGUUAUUGUAUUUACUACAUCUCUCGAAAUAUAAUUGUAAUUCCGUU